AAUUAUGAGAUUUUGGCAAAAAUUGUGUGGCAAAUUGUCAAGGAUAACGUCGUAAAUAUUGUUGGGAAAACCAGAAAACGACGGCUUGUAUCAUUGGCAAAGUCCUACUUCGUCUUUCUCGUUCGUGUGGAUUCCUUUUCGCUUGGAUUGCGAAGAAUCUCAGAUGAAACCAUUAUAUAUUAUAAACUCAAAGAAAGGCGUGCAACGGUCGAUGGAAGCAUCUAAUCAUUCUGUUCCUUUUCAUUUGUUUUUUCUUUUUUUCCUCAAUAGAAAAAUAGUAAAUAUAUAAAAAUAGUAAAAGGGAAAAACCCAUCAAAUAAAGUUUCUCUCCCUCACUAUUUCUCUUUUCAUUUUUCUUUUUCUUCAUAUUUUGGGUUUGAAUUUUAUGGAUUAGUGCAGUAGAGAGAAAAACUAAAGCCAACAACAACAACAAAAAAAAUAAUAAAAAAAAAAGAAGUACGAGAAAAAGAAAGAGAAAGAAGGAAGGAAGAAGAAGAAUCUGAGCUGCCCAAUGCCUUUUCGUUGGUGUCCUUUUUAAGCUUCGAGACCAUGGCUGACGAUCUAUUUUUCUUCACCAAGGAUGUUUUACUGAUAAAGGCGCCCAAGAAAUCUCCAUUGGUGUUGAGGAUGAUUGUAUUGGUAUUUGCAAUGGUGUGUGGUGUAUAUAUAUGCUCCAUUUGUCUGAAGCAAGUUAGCACCCGGAACAAGGUUGGAUAUUUGAAUCUCCAGGUGAUUGAAAAGCCUUGUCAAGAACCGAAUAUUGAAUCCUUGGAAACUCCUCUUGUGCACUACCCCAAACCCAAGAAUUAUAGCAGGGCUGAAUGCGCAUGCAAUCCUGUGCGAUAUUUCGCCAUUUUAUCAAUGCAGAGGUCUGGAAGUGGGUGGUUUGAAACAUUGUUGAAUAACCAUACUAACAUUAGCUCAAAUGGGGAGGUAUUCUCCGUCAAAGUUAGGAGAAGUAACAUCUCAACCAUUGUGGAGACUUUGGAUAGAAUUUACAAUCUAGACUGGUUUAGUAGUGCCUCAAAGAAUGAGUGUACAGCUGCAGUAGGGUUAAAGUGGAUGCUUAAUCAGGGUUUAAUGCAGCAUCACAAGGAAAUAGUGAAGUAUUUUGAAAGUCGAGGUGUUACUGCAAUCUUUCUCUUUCGUAGAAAUCUUUUGCGCAGGAUGAUCUCAGUUCUCGCAAAUUCUUAUGAUAGAGAAGUCAAGUUACUGAAUGGAACACACAAGUCCCAUGUACAUUCUCCCCUUGAGGCAGACAUACUGGCGAAGUACAAGCCAACAGUUAAUGCAGCAUUGCUGAUACCCAACUUGAAACAAGUAGAAGAGACAACAACCAAAGCUUUGGAGUACUUCAAGAGUACGAGGCAUAUGGUUGUUUACUACGAGGAUGUAGUCAAAAACCGCACUAAGCUUACAGAUGUUCAAGAUUUUUUAAAGGUUCCGCGAAUGGAACUAAAGAGCCGCCAAGUGAAGAUUCACAAAGGUUCUUUGUCUAAUCUGGUUGAAAAUUGGGAUGACAUCCAAAAGGCUCUCACAGGAACACCAUUUGAGAGCUUCCUUCAUGCAGAUUAUCGAAGAAGAUAAAAUCAAGCACUGGUCGUGAUUGUACAGUACAUACAAGGUUCUCUUCUUUUAACAUUGCUUUUCACAGGCUGGAGAACCUAACAGAAUUUUUUCCUGUUGAAAUUUUGGCUGCAGCAUUGAAAGAAAAGAGGAAAUACUUUAUUUCUUUACUGCUAUAGUUUAGAGUGCUAUUUUUUUUUCUUGCGUCUUUUUUUUUUCCUUUCAAUUUUCACAUUGACAUUUAAUAUUCAAUUAAUUCUUUCUAUUUCAUUUUAGUCUUUGCAUAUCGUCACAACUAUUUGUUAAACAUCAUAAAAUUUUGUGUAAUGAUUUUCUUAUUUGUCCUUUUGCCCUCCUAUAAGCACAAUCGCUAUGGAGACAAAUUGAAGAGGCAAAUAUUUCACGCUAAUUAAUUUAAGUUAAAGUCCAAAUGACAAAGCGUUGCUUCAUAAGUU